CGUUGUUCAUUCACUUUUACCAAAACUUUUACAAUUUGCGUCCGAUUUGAAUAUUACUAAAUCAUUUUUUUUUGGAACAACAACAAAAUCAUCGUCCGUCAAAAUUGUUAUGGCGCGAAUGAUUUUGAUUUUAAUCAGUCAAGUGUCAUUAGGAUCAGUUAUCACUUAUCAAAGUGUGAUUACAAGUCUUUAUAAACAUUGCAAUAACUUAACAACAAACAUGGUGAAUUCUUUGCAAGAAUUACAAGAUUUCAUAAAAGCUAAGAAUAAUUACAGUAAUUUCAUUAGCUCCUCUGAGGUGCCUGAAGUGUGUAAAACUGAACCAUGCAUGCUAGGCGUCGACGAGGCUGGACGAGGGCCCGUACUAGGUCCAAUGGUGUAUGGAGUGGCUUACUGCCCAGUGAGUGAAACCAAAGUACUACAAGAUCUUGGUUGUGCUGACUCAAAAGCAUUGACGGAAGAAAAGCGAGAUAAUAUUUUUACUAAAAUGUUAACAGAAGAAAGUUCACUAAAGAAUGUUGGUUGGGUUGCUGAAGUGAUCUCACCUAAUUAUAUAUCAAAUUCUAUGUACAGACGAGCAAAACAUUCCUUGAAUGAGGUGUCAAUGAAUUCUGCAAUAAGUCUGAUUAAAAGAGCAGCUGAGAGUGGGGCUAAUAUAACUGAGGUAUAUGUUGAUACUGUGGGACCACCAGAAAAGUACCAGGCUAAACUACAAGAGAUAUUCCCAGAUUACAAAAUUACAGUUGCUAAGAAAGCUGAUUCUAUUUAUCCUAUUGUGUCAGCGGCUAGUAUUGUGGCUAAGGUGACAAGAGACCAUGCACUAAAGGUUUGGCAAUUCCAUGAAGGAUUGGAAAUGUCACAUACAGAAUUUGGAAGUGGUUAUCCUGGAGACCCGCUCACAAAAAAGUUUAUUCGUGAUCAAAUUGACAACGUGUUUGGAUAUCCAAUGCUAGUCAGAUUCAGUUGGUCAACAGCCGAGCUGAUGCUGCAAGAGAAAGCUGCGGCGUGCACCUUUGAGGAGGUAGAUGACCAGGGUUCUACAAAGAAACCAACAAAAUCAAUAAGCUCAUUCUUCACACAAAAACCUGAUGAAGGAAAGGCGAGGAAAAGGCACAAGUUUUUCGACGAAAGAUACCUGACUGUUAGUAAUCCAUUUGAAUAAUUUAAUUUAAUUUGUAGCAAUAAAUAUUAGUUAAUUUUGA